AUAAACCAGCAGCUUUGUAGCAGUGAGCUUUUCAUCUGAUACUUCUUCGUGUUUUAUUGGUGUUUUCAGAUGUUUAUGUGACUACAUUAAUGCAGCUUCAGAUACUCGAUAAGGAACCACUUGCACAUACUGCAUGGCAGCAAAGGGUUAAGAAGUGGGACGCGCAUAUUAUUAGAAUGCUGUUAUCUUGUACCCAAGUGGGUGCUUCAAUUAGGAAACGACAUCAAAGAUAGUCUUGAGAAACCGGAAAGACACUUUGCAAUAAGCCGAGCAAUUUCAUAGAGCUGAUACAAGGCUGGGGAGCCUGAGCGUUCAUUACAUCACCCUCGCAGUGCAUUAGCCAGCAGCAUCUCAAGUGGAUUACACAGGCCGCUGUGCGCUCCCCGUCACUGCUCACUGACAGGGUGUGUAGGACCCAUGGAAAGAAUGCACUGAGGACGGCUUGUGCAAAUGAUGAAAAAUAGCUCACAACUGUUUGUGCCCAGCUGCUUAGGGAACGAGUCAUAUGAGCUCCUGUGCCAUUUGUUAAACUAGUUUUCCCUCGGACAGGAUACAGCUUGGGUUAAAUGAUUUUUUGUUUUGUGAUUUGUUUUCCAUUCAGGGGCAUUAUGACUCCACUGCAGAAAAGGUGACGAUGUCCUUGAGACCCCCUUUAAAGCAAACUUGAAGGUUUUUUUCCUACCCCCUCUAUUUGAGUCGGGCUGCAUUGAGCAGCAGUUUUACCAGAGUUGUGCGUCACACAGAAGACUGCAUGGUAAUGAAGCAGCGACACCGGAGGACACAACUCUGAUGCCUCUGAGGAAACAGCAAAGAACACUUUUUGACAAAGCGAGCCCCAAUCUACUGUGUCACCCUGGCUGCCAAAGGCAUCAUGCUAAGCCUACAGGAUUCUGUGUUCUUUGAGCUUAGCAUAAAGUCUCUGCUGAAGUCCUGGAGCAGUAGCUCCUCUGCACCAGCCAGCAGUGUAAACAAGCGGAGGGUUACUCCCACCUACAACUGCACGUGGGAAAAGAGAAGUGCCGUCAUGUCCAGCAUUACUAUCGACCCAGAUGUCAAGCCUGGCGAGUAUGUCAUCAAGAGCCUCUUUGCAGAAUUUGCAGUUCAAGCUGAAAAGAAAAUUGAAGUGGUGAUGGCUGAACCAUUGGAAAAGCUUUUGUCAAGAUCUCUUCAAAGAGGAGAAGACCUUCAGUUUGAUCAGCUGAUAAGCUCUAUGAGCUCAGUAGCAGAGCACUGUCUCCCAUCCUUACUUCGCACCUUGUUUGACUGGUAUAAGAGACAAAAUGGAACUGAGGAUGAAUCCUACGAGUACAGACCUCGAUCGAGCACAAAGUCAAAAGGGGAUGAUCAGCAACGAGAAAGGGAUUACUUACUUGAAAGGAGAGACCUUGCCGUAGACUUUAUUUUUUGUUUAGUUUUAGUAGAGGUUCUAAAACAGAUUCCUGUUCACCCAGUUCCAGAUCCCAUUGUACAUGAAGUUUUAAACUUAGCUUUUAAGCACUUUAAACACAAAGAAGGGUAUUCAGGAACUAAUACAGGGAACGUGCACAUAAUAGCAGAUCUAUAUGCAGAAGUUAUAGGUGUCCUUGCCCAGUCUAAAUUUCAGGCCGUGAGGAAGAAGUUUGUCACGGAAUUAAAAGAGCUACGACAAAAGGAACAAAGCCCCCAUGUGGUGCAAAGCAUCAUCAGUUUGAUUAUGGGAAUGAAAUUCUUCCGCGUGAAAAUGUAUCCCGUCGAAGAGUUUGAAGCUUCAUUUCAGUUUAUGCAGGAAUGUGCGCAGUACUUCUUAGAAGUGAAAGACAAGGACAUAAAGCAUGCACUUGCCGGUCUGUUUGUAGAAAUUCUCAUCCCUGUGGCUGCUGCUGUAAAAAAUGAAGUGAAUGUGCCAUGCUUAAAAAACUUUGUGGAGAUGCUGUACCAGACCACGUUUGAACUGAGCUCAAGAAAGAAGCAUUCCUUGGCAUUAUACCCUUUGAUCACCUGCCUGCUGUGUGUAAGCCAAAAGCAGUUUUUCUUAAACAAUUGGCACAUAUUCUUGCAAAACUGUUUGUCGCAUUUAAAGAUGCCAUCUAACAUCAGUAUCAGAAAACAAAUAGAAACCCUUCAGAAUAAGGACCCCAAAAUGUCUCGAGUUGCACUGGAAUCUCUGUAUAGAUUAUUAUGGGUUUAUGUUAUUAGGAUUAAAUGUGAAAGCAACACUGUAACACAAAGCCGCCUUAUGAGCAUUGUAUCUGCACUUUUCCCCAAAGGCUCUCGUAGUGUAGUGCCUCGGGACACACCUCUUAAUAUAUUUGUGAAGAUCAUUCAGUUCAUUGCUCAGGAACGUUUAGAUUUUGCAAUGAAAGAAAUUAUAUUUGAUCUUCUCAGCGUUGGAAAAUCUCCUAAAACUUUUACUAUUAACCCAGAGAGAAUGAAUAUAGGUCUCAGAGUCUUCCUUGUUAUAGCUGACAGUUUGCAGCAAAAGGAUGGUGAACCCCCCAUGCCCACAACAGGAGUUGUUCUUCCCUCAGGAAAUACUUUGCGUGUAAAGAAAAUAUUUCUAAAUAAAACUUUGACUGAUGAAGAAGCAAAAGUAAUAGGUAUGUCAGUUUACUAUCCUCAAGUGCGCAAAGCGUUGGACAGCAUACUACGGCAUUUGGACAAGGAAGUUGGCAGGCCCAUGUGCAUGACAAGUAUUCAGAUGUCUAAUAAGGAGCCUGAGGAUAUGAUCACGGGGGAAAGAAAACCCAAGAUUGACUUGUUCAGAACAUGUAUAGCUGCUAUUCCAAGGCUUAUUCCAGAUGGUAUGAGCAGAGCUGAUCUCAUUGAAUUACUUGCAAGGCUUACAGUUCACAUGGAUGAAGAGCUUCGUGGGCUGGCGUUCAAUACUCUGCAAGCAUUAAUGCUUGAUUUCCCUGACUGGCGGGAGGAUGUGCUUUCAGGAUUUGUUUACUUUAUUGUGCGUGAAGUGACUGAUAUCCACCCAACACUUCUAGACAAUGCCGUGAAGAUGCUAGUUCAGCUCAUAAAUCAAUGGAAGCAGGCAGCACAGAUGCACAAUAAAAAUGCAGAUGCUCAGAGAGGUGUGGCUAAUGGAUCAGUACAUACGCUCCCUCUUGAAAGAAGUCCUUUCUCAAGCGUGUUUCAUGUGGUAGAAGGUUUUGCACUGGUCAUUCUCUGUAGCACCCGGCCAGCAACCAGAAGGUUAGCUGUAAAUGUUCUUCGAGAAAUACGGGCUUUGCUUACAGUUCUGGAAGUUUCCAAGGGUGAUGAAGAACUGGCUAUAGAUGUUAUGGAUAGGCUAAGCCCAUCCAUUCUUGAAAGCUUUAUUCAUCUCACAGGAGCAGAUCAGACUACUUUGCUUUACUGUCCAAGCUCAAUAGAUUUACAGGCUCUAGCAGAAUGGAGCUCUUCCCCAAUCAGCCAUAAUUUUGAUGUGGUCAGCCCAUCGCAUAUCUGGAUAUUUGCUCAUGUCACUCAAGGCCAAGACCCAUGGAUUAUAAGCCUCUCCAGUUUCCUAAAACAAGAAAACCUUCCCAAAUACUGCCCUACUGCGGUUAGCUAUGCCUGGAUGUUUUCUUAUACACGCCUGCAACUUUUAUCUCCCCAAGUUGACAUUAAUAGUCCCAUCAACGCUAAGAAAGUGACUGCGGUCACAGGGAGUGACUCCUAUAUUGGACUAUGGAGAAACUACUUGAUUCUUUGCUGCAGUGCAGCAACAUCCACUGGGUCUUCAGCAUCUACUGGUUCUGUGCGAUGUUCCCCUCCCGAGACGCUGGCGUCUACUCCCGACAGUGGAUAUAGUAUUGAUUCUAAAAUUAUUGGUAAUCCCUCCCCUUCAUCCUUGUUUAAGCACAUAGUACCAAUGAUGCGCUCUGAGAGCAUGGAGAUCACAGAAUCCCUUGUUCUGGGACUUGGCAGGACCAACCCUGGAGCUUUUAGGGAAUUAAUAGAAGAGUUGCACCCCAUAAUUAAAGAAGCACUUGAUAGAAGGCCAGAGAAUAUGAAACGACGCAGGCGUCGAGAUAUUUUAAGAGUACAACUCGUCCGUAUAUUUGAACUGCUGGCAGAUGCAGGUGUCAUUAGCCACAGUGCAAGUGGUGGCCUUGAUAAUGAAACACAUUCCCUCAACAAUACUCUAUUGGAGUAUGUGGAUUUAACCAGACAGUUGCUUGAAGCAGAGAAUGAGAAGGACUCUGAUACACUGAAGGAUAUCCGAUGCCAUUUUAGUGCCUUAGUGGCGAAUAUAAUUCAGAAUGUUCCAGUACACCAGAGAAGAAGUAUCUUCCCUCAGCAGAGCUUGCGCCAUAGUCUAUUCAUGCUGUUCAGUCACUGGGCUGGACCUUUUAGCAUCAUGUUUACGCCUUUGGACAGAUACAGCGAUCGGAACAUGCAAAUAAACAGACAUCAGUAUUGCGCAUUAAAGGCAAUGUCCGCUGUAUUGUGCUGUGGCCCUGUUGCAGAUAAUGUGGGUCUUUCAUCUGACGGAUACCUCUAUAAAUGGUUGGAUAACAUUCUUGAUUCACAAGACAAAAAGGUUCAUCAGCUGGGAUGUGAAGCAGUAAUGCUAUUGUUGGAACUAAACCCUGAGCAAAGUAACCUCAUGUACUGGGCAGUCGAUCGAUGCUACACUGGCUCCAAACGAGUGGCAUCUGGCUGCUUUAAGGCAAUAGCCAGUGUUUUCCAGAACAGGGAUUACCAGUGUGACACAGUGACACUCCUUAAUCUAAUCCUGUUUAAGGCAGCUGAUUCUGCCAGGGAUAUCUAUGAAGUUGCUAUGCAAUUACUGCAGAUCCUGGAACCGAAGAUGUUUCGAUAUGCCCAUAAACUGGAGUUGCACCGAACUGAUGGGAUACUGAACCUUCCAUCCCCACUGCCUCACCUCUAUUCUGUCUCCUACUAUCAGCUCUCUGAAGAGUUAGCAAGGACAUACCCAGAGCUAACCCUUGCUAUUUUUUCAGAAAUUAGUCAGAGAAUACAAACAGCGCACCCUGCUGGAAGACAGGUGAUGCUGCAUUAUUUACUACCUUGGAUGAACAAUAUAGAGUUGGUUGAUUUGAAGCCGUUGCCAACAGCCCGAAGACACGAAGAAGAUGAGGACUCCCUGAGGGACAGAGAAAUGAUGGUUAAUAGCAGGCGCUGGCUGAGAGGAGAAGGCUGGGGAUCACCUCAAGCAACAGCUAUGGUCUUAAACAACUUGAUGUACAUGACCGCAAAGUAUGGCGAUGAAGUUGCAUGGUCUGAAAUUGAAAAUGUGUGGACUACACUUGCUGAUGGCUGGUCGAAGAAUUUGAAAAUCAUUUUGCACUUUUUAAUAAGCAUUUGUGGUGUAAAUAGUGAACCCAGCUUGUUGCCUUAUGUAAAGAAGGUGAUUGUAUAUCUAGGUAGAGAUAAGACCAUGCAGCUUCUUGAGGAGCUUGUGAGUGAGCUUCAAUUAACCGAUCCUGUGAGCUCCGGCGUUACUCACAUGGACAAUCCACCAUACUACCGCAUCACUUCCAGCUACAAAAUACCCUCUGUUACCUCAGGUACAACUUCCAGCAGCAAUACUAUGGUGGCUCCUACUGAAAACAAUGCUGAGAACAAGCAUGUGAGAGACGGCAUUGAGGAGAACUACGUACACCUGGACAUCUACAACGCUCUAAAUAGUAAUCUGAAUCGCCAGCACCACCGGCUGGAGUCCCGUUACAGCAGUAGUUCUGGGGGAUCAUACGAAGAAGAAAAAAGUGAUUCAAUGCCACUCUAUUCAAAUUGGCGUCUCAAAGUAAUGGAACGCAAUCAAGGAGAGCCCCUACCUUUUCCUCCUUCUGGGGGAUGUUGGUCACCGCUGGUGGAUUAUUUGCCAGAAACCACAUCCCCUGGCACAACUCUUCACAGGUGCAACAUUUCAGUGAUCUUGCUCACAGAUUUAAUAAUUGAUCAUAGUGUCAAAGUGGAGUGGGGAGGCUACCUCCAUCUAUUACUACAUGCAAUUUUCAUUGGGUUCGACCACUACCAUCCUGAGGUAUAUGAACAUUGCAAACGCCUCCUUUUGCAUUUACUAAUAGUGAUGGGCUCCAAUAACAGUGUACAGAGCAUUGCUUCUGUCCUCCUCAGGAACAGAGAAUGUAAUGAACAAAGGGUGCUUACUGUCAAACAAAAUGCACAUUUAGAAUACUCCUUCACAGGCAUUAAUGAUUUCAUACCUGAAUACCAGCCGUCACCCAUGACCGACUCAGGGCUCAGCUCAAGUUCUACCUCCUCUAGCAUCAGUUUAGGGAACACAAGCACUACGGUUCCUCAUCUGCCCUCAAACAUACUCAAUGAUGUGGAUCUUACAGUAGAGCAAGAUGAGAAAGUCAAAACACUCAUGGAAUUCAUUACUUCACGGAAGAAAGGGCCCCUUUGGAACCAUGAGGAUGUUUCGGCUAAGAAUCCCAGCAUUAAAAGUGCUGAUCAACUUACUGUGUUCUUAAAACAUGUGGUCUCUGUUUUUAAAAACUCAAGAUCAGGGUUUGCUCUAGAGCACCAUCUGAGUGAUGUGGCGUUGCAAACGGCAUUAUCUUGCUCAUCUCGCCAUUAUGCUGGGCGCUCAUUUCAGAUAUUUAGAGCUCUCAAGCAACCACUUUCUGCAGAAACACUUUCUGAUGUUCUUUCCAGGCUCGUUGAGACUGUUGGAGAUCCAGGGGAAGAGGCCCAGGGUUUUGUUAUUGAGCUACUUCUUACUUUGGAGUCUGCCAUUGACACUUUAUCAGAAAACAUGAAGCAUUAUGAUUUACUUUCUGCACUUGCUCAGACAUCAUACUAUGAUCCAAUAAUGGGAAAUAAAAAUGCAGUUAACAGGAAGAGCACUGGACAACUGAACCUAAGCACAAGUCCUUUGAGUAGUGGCAACUUCAUGAGUUACUGCAACAACGCACGAAGUAACUCUUUGCGGUUAAGUUUAAUCAUUGACAGAAGAGGCGACCGACGGCGGAGUAACACACUGGAUAUAAUGGAUGGAAGGACAAAUCACGGAGGCAGCUUAGCAAGGACUAGAAGCCUUUCCUCUCUCAGAGAGGGAGGGAUGCAGGAUGUGCAGCCAACUACUGAUCCCACCAACCUUAUGGCUACUAUAUUUUGGAUCGCAGCAUCCUUGCUAGAAUCAGACUAUGAGUAUGAAUAUCUCCUUGCUCUCAAGCUACUAAACAAAUUGCUCACGCACAUGCCUCUGGAUAGAUCCGAGAGUCGAGAGAAGAUUGAAAAUAUACAGAGUAAACUGAAGUGGAAUAAUUUUCCUGGUCUUCAGCAGCUCUUUCUAAAGGGCUUUACCUCAAUCUCCACGCAGGAAAUGACGGUCCACCUUCUCAGCAAACUCAUUACGGUCUCUAAGCAUACAUUAGUGGAUCCGCCCCAACUAGCUGGAUUUCCUCUUAACAUUUUGUGCUUAUUGCCCCAUCUAAUCCAACAUUUUGAUAACCCUACGCAAUUCUGUAAAGAAACUGCGGACCGAAUAGCAAAGGUCUGUGCAGAGGAGAAAUCUGCCACACUUGCAAACCUGGCUCAUAUGAUGAGUUUGUAUAGCACUCAUAGUUACUCCAGAGACUGCUCCAACUGGAUCAACGUAGUGUGUCGGUACCUACAUGAUUCUUUUUCAGAUAUCACUUUCAGUCUUGUCACUUACCUUGCUGAGCUCCUAGAAAAGGGAUUAGCCAGCAUGCAGCAAUCUUUGCUGCAGAUCAUUUACAGCCUUCUGAGUCAUGUUGACCUCUCAGCAGCACCAGUGAAGCAGUUUAACCUUGAAAUUAUAAAGGUGAUAGGAAAAUAUGUUCAGAGCCCGUACUGGAAAGAAGCGCUCAAUAUCCUCAAGCUUGUGGUGUCUCGUUCUGCAAGCCUUGUUGUACCUAAUGAUGCUCCAAAAUCAUAUGGAGGAGAUUUAGGCUCUCCAGAGAUCUCAUUUACAAAAAUCUUUAAUUGUGCCUCAAAAGAGCUUCCCGGAAAGACCCUAGAUUUUCAUUUUGACAUAUCAGAGACACCAAUAAUAGGACAGAAGUAUGGUGACCAGCACAGUGCAGCAGGAAGGAACGGGAAGCCUAAAGUAAUUGCAGUAACACGCAGCACAUCAUCCACCUCCUCAGGUUCCAACUCCAAUGCUCUUGUACCAGUCAGCUGGAAGAGGCCACAGCUAUCACAGAGGAGAACUCGAGAAAAACUAAUGAAUGUGCUCUCACUGUGUGGACCAGAGUCUGGUCUUCCCAAGAAUCCAUCAGUGGUAUUUUCAUCAAAUGAAGAUUUGGAAACAGGAGACCAGCAGACCAGCCUUAUUUCUAGCACUGAUGAACCUAUUCAAGAGGAGGAAGUGACUGUGGAGGAUACAGGCAGUGAGCAGCAAUUUGGUGUUUUCAAGGACUUUGAUUUUUUGGAUGUGGAAUUGGAAGAUGCAGAGGGUGAAAGUAUGGACAACUUCAACUGGGGAGUUCGCAGACGUUCUUUGGAUAGCAUUGAUAAAGGUGAUACACCAUCUCUUCAGGAAUGUCAGUACUCUGGGAGCACACCCAGCUUGAACUUAACCAAUCAGGAAGACACAGAUGAAUCUUCAGAAGAAGAUGCAUUAACUUCUAGCCAAAUACUGUCCCAUUCCAACAUGCUCCGCACUAACUCAGCCAUUGAGGACAUGACAGACCAUGUGGAUUCACUUCUUCAUUCACUAGACUCAGUUAAUUGUGCACUGACAGAAGAAAUGGCAUCAACCAGAGCUGAGACCCCAAGUUUGGAGGUGACCCCUCCAGACAGCUCUAACAGUCAGCUGCCUGAGGAUUGUAUUGCAACAGUGAAAGAUGAGCAGCUUAGCACUACUAGUGAAGACACCGGCUCAUAUCUUACACAAGAACAUCAGGAACCUCUGAUAUGUCAGGACCACUUAGAAGUUGAAGAACCAUGUGAUGUUCAGGAACAGCUGGUUGUAGAGAGCCCACCUGAUUCUGUCUGUGAAGAGGAUGUCACACUGGCUUUAAAAGAAUUGGAUGAGAGAUGUGAAGAGGAAGAAGCAGAUUUCUCUGAUUUGUCAAGCCAGGAUGAUGGCGAGCAAGAUUGCUUCGCAGAGGUCCAGUCGUCACCACCACCAUCGCCUUUCCUUUCUGCUAUACUAGCUGCUUUCCAGCCAGUGACUUAUGCUGAUGAAGAAGAAGCUUGGCGCUGUCAUGUCAAUCAGAUGCUGUCAGAGACUGACGGGUCCUGCGCUGUCCAUACAUUUCAUGUGUUCUCUAGGCUGUUUCAGACCAUUCAAAGGAAGUUCGGGGCAUUAACAAACGAUUCUGUUAUGUUUCUUGGGGAAAGCCUGCAACGAAUUGGCACUAAAUUUAAAAGUUCCUUGGAUGUGAUGAUGGCGAGUUCAGAGUGUCCAACUGUCUUUGUGGAUGCAGAAACGCUGGUGUCAAGCGACUUACUGGAAACACUGAAAUUUAGUGUACUAGAAUUACAGGAGCACCUGGAUACCUAUAAUGUCAAGAGGGAGGCAGCAGAGCAGUGGCUAGACAACUGCAAAAGGACAUUUGGCGCUGGAGAUAACACCCCUGCAGCAAACCCAGAAGCACAGCAAAUGGAAAUUCUAGCAGAACUUGAACUUUGCCGAAGAUUAUACAAGUUGCACUUUCAACUGCUACUCUUGUUCCAAGCCUAUUGCAAGCUUAUUAAUCAUGUUGACACUAUCAAGAAGGGGGCAGAGGUUAUAAAUAUGUCUGAGGAGCUUUCCCAGUUGGAGGCGUGCCUAAAAGAAGCAGAAUCAUCUGCAGAUGUUGACAUUGAAGACUGUGAUGCUUCAGAGUUUUGCCAGGCUACCACUGAGGCUGCAGUUCAUUCUGUAAUCGAAAGCUUAAAAUCAAAAGAGUUUUUGUCUGCUAUCCUGCAGGUCAAGGCUUUCAGAUCGAUUUGGCCCAAUGAUAUUUUUGGCAAUUCAGAAGACGAUCCAAUCCAGACAUUGUUACAUAUAUACUUCCGUCAUCAAACGCUGGGACAAACAGGCAGCUUUGCAAUUGUUGGCUCAAAGCAGGACAUGUCCAAGGCCAAUUCGAAGCUUAUGGAGUUAAAUUUGGAAAUUAGAAUGUCUCUAAGAAUGGUGCAGUCGUACCAGCUAUUAUCUAAAGCCACCCCAGUCACUGAUAUGGUGUGCACUGAAUUUUGAGAACCUUUUCUCAAAGGGAUGUUAAAAUUAAAGCACUGGAUGUCUGUGGAUCUUAUCAAGCACCUUGUUUACUGUAUAUGUUUGACUUGCAUUGUUUAUGUGACUGCUGAUCUCCAUUAAGAGGAAGGAUCACACUGCAGUUCCCCAGCUAAGGACACAGGGAAGAUGGACUGUCUUGUUUCUUACAAUGGAUGUGUGUGCAGAUGCUUUUUGUUUUGUUUGUUCCGUACCUACAACCCAGAUGCAUAAGGGCUAACAUUCUGUACAUAAGAGCAGUUGCAUAUGGCCUCCCAGCUGUUAAGUCCAAAGGAAUCUAAGAGACGUGAUGCCAAAGUCUGUGCUAGUGUGUCUUGCCUAAAGGCACUCUUUGGUUCCUUCUCAUUGUUGAGUAUCAACUGCCAGACAAAUGUACAGCUUCCUGAAGAUUGUCCAUUGAGAUUCAGAACAUGGCUUACAAAGACUGUGAAAAAAUCACAGACUCUCAAUAUUUUUCUUUGUAUUUUUAUUUUGUAUUUUUUUUCUUUUCUGUCUGAGCAAAUGGGUGAUAUGUAGAAUGUGUGCAUUUUCACCGUAUGGCUGCGUGUACAUAGUCUCUGAGCAUGCCUCAAAGAGUACUGCAACAUUAUUUUUGGAAAUUUUUUUAUUUUAUUAGCUCUAACACUUCAUAGCGUGUAAAUGUUAGCACAUUUAAUUAUUUUAAACUGGGCUUUCCCCAGUAUUUCUAAAAGAAAUAAUAUAUCUUAACUUUAUUAGAAUGCUGCUCAGUUCUCUGACCAGUGCUUAUGGUAUAAAUAUUGAUAACUAACCAAAAAGUAGCUGCCUGCAGAGACUUUAAAAUGUAUAUUUAGAUAUUUGCUGCCCAACAGCAAUUCUCAUUAGAAGAACAGAUAACUUAUUUUAUCCUGUAUAUAUUCUAGAAUUUCCAUAUUAUGUUAAACCAGUAUUUUCUUGUAAAUGCGUGCAGUGCACUGUUAUAGGAUAAUAGGUGUACAAAGGCCAGAUAAAAACCUUUCACUGCUGGGCAGGUCUACAGGGACUCCAGAACCAGUCUGGGAAUGUGGAUUAACCUCUCAGGUACCACAGAGGGAUGCAGCCCAGUUAUCUUCAAUGAUUUGCAACUCACUCUGGUAGCCAAAGAGUUAAAAAAAUGGUGGACCUGAUAGUGAUAGAAUACCUAUAUUUUAUGGCAUAGUCUAGAACGUUCAGGUGAAAGGAUAUAUUGAUGUAUUUUUGUUUCAUCAUAAUUUGUGUUGCUUUGAAGGGGGCUCUUGAAAAAUAAACAGGGAAAGCUACCAAAAAAAUAAAUAAAACCACUGCAAUAUGAGCUCACUGUAAAUUGAAAUUCUGUAGCACAAAUGAACAGAUUUCUGUAUACACCAACAGCAUUUUUGUAAAAUAAAUGAAUGUAGCCUCAUGGAUCCUGUCUAAUAAAUGAUUAUCCUAAAUUUUAUACACUUCUUUACCCACUGUGAUUAAAAAACAAAGUUAUAUAUUUAUUUCUUUAUAAAACAAUGUCUUCUUGAAUAUAAAUAAUGUUACUUGCAUUAGCUUUGGCUGUAGACCUCAGAUAAUAAUUAUCAUGUAUUAACCGUUUAAUACUUGGAACCUGCAGACCUAUAUAAAUAGUAGGUGCUAUGGCUUUGAAGAGGUUAAACAUUGGACAAUGUGCACUAUGAAAAACCAGCUAUCAUGGUCCUUUAUGAAGAAUCCCUUAACCUGAAAGAAGGCAUGAAGCCCAUGUAGGACACAGGGAUUAUGAAGAUAAAUGACUAAUAUCAGUCAUCAUGGCACAUUGAAUAAUCACUGUAUUUUCUGAUCAGAAGAAAAUAAAUUAUUUUGAUAGGUAUGUGGUACUUUUAGAUGGUGUUCUUAAUUUAAAAAACUAAAUAACUGGAACAAGUAAUAUUUGUUCUUGUUUAAGGGAGUGCAUUACACUUUUAUUGUAAUUACAUCAUCUUAGAAGCCCUUUUUGUAAAAUAAAAACUUUGUAUAUA